GAGCUUCGCGGUGGUGCGGUCACGGGUCAGGCCUGAGGCGUGGCGGCGUGAAGCGCUGUCAGAGCUGUGUUGCGAGGUUCAGGCUUGUGCCGGUACAGGGAGCUGCCACACCGCCAUCGCCGCCGCCAUGGAGCCCCAUCGCUGGCUGCCCCUCGAGGCUAAUCCUGACGUCACGAAUCAGUUUCUCAAACAGUUGGGUAUACAUCCUGACUGGCAAUUUGUAGAUGUUUAUGGUAUGGAACCAGAACUGCUUAGUAUGGUGCCAAGACCUGUCUGUGCAGUGCUACUUCUCUUUCCAAUAACAGAAAAGUAUGAAACCUUCAGAACAGAAGAAGAAGAGAGAAUAAAAGCUAAGGGGCAAGAUGUCAAAUCAUCAGUGUAUUUCAUGAAGCAAACCAUUAACAAUGCAUGUGGAACAAUUGGGCUAAUUCAUGCUAUUGCAAACAAUAGAGAUAAAAUGAAUUUUGAAACGAAUUCUUCACUGAAAAAGUUCCUAGAAGAUUCAUUAACUAUGACUCCUGAAGAGAGGGCCAAAUAUCUAGAAACUUACGAAGCUAUUCGUGUCACUCAUGAAUCCAGUGCCCAUGAAGGUCAGACUGAGGCACCAAGUAUAGAUGAAAAAGUAGAUCUUCAUUUUAUUGCAUUAGUUAACGUAGGUGGUCAUCUCUAUGAAUUGGAUGGGCGCAAGCCAUUUCCAAUAAACCACGGGGAAACUAGCGACGAUUCUUUUUUAGAGGAUGCAAUAGAAGUUUGCAAGAAAUUCAUGGAACGUGACCCAGAAGAAUUAAGAUUUAAUGCAAUUGCACUGUCUGCAGCUUAAAAGCCUUUUCCAGUGGGGGUAAUGCAAUGCAUUGUAACAAUAAAACCGUUGCCAUAUGUUAAUAGUACAAAUUUUGAUACUUCCCUAACAUGUUGAUUAAUUGUUGCAUAUGUGGAAUAAACUUUGCAUUUGUCCUUGCUAUUUCUUGCAGCUUGUUCCUAAAGCAACUUUGGGUAUUUAUAUACACGCAUGCAUUUUGUGCAAGACUUCUGUGUGGUGGGUUUUCCCCCCUUCCACCCUCUUAAAAAUUUUGGGAAUUACCGUCUGUUAUAUUUCAUCAUAGUAAUGAUGAGCUAGUUCAGAGCAGGAUUAUCUUUUGUAUCAUUCACAGAUAACAUUGAGUGGAGUAUGUGGUAUGUUAAUGGGUAAAAACUUGAAAUGUGAGGUUAUCUCCAUCUUCUAAUUAUGAUGAUGAAAGAAUAUUAUAAAUGACUUUUACAGGUGACUCAAAGGCAUUUUUUUCAGUGCAUUAUUUAUAAAUAAACAUGUGGAAGAAGAAAGGCAGAAAAAAGACUGUUUCUUCUUACUGUUGGUGAGCACUGACAUAAUUUUAAACUUAUCUUUAAUCUACUUUUGAAUAAAACUUCGUUUUGUUUCUCAAGCCUGAUCAUGUUAAUAAACUGUCAAAAAGCUUUAGUUAAA